AUGUCUUCUUCUCUACGGCGAUCGCAGCCGGCCGUGGUAGCGGCGGCGGCGGCGGCCAACCUCCGUCGCCCGCUGGUUCGGCAGCGUUUCGCGUCUUCAUCGUCAUCGUUCGCAAUCGCACAGCCCGGACACGUCAAGCAUGGGGCGGCGACAUCAAAAAAAAUCCCCCAACCACGGCGUGUCGGCAACCGGGGGCUUACAGGCGGCGGCGAAGGACAAAGCGGCGGCCCCGCCGCCUUCGACAGGGCGAGGAUAGGCGGUGCCGGCGGGCUGGCUCGGAGCGGCGUGCGCACAUCCGGCGUGCUGGGGGGAGUAACGGAGACCAGAAAUUCAGCGACAAUGGCAACAGCGCCGGCCGCGACGAUGACACUAGGCGGAGACGUUUACUCCCAACAACAACCGCGGCCGCCGACGCACGACGCCGCCGACGCCGCCGGCGGCAGCCGGAACAGUACCAGCCCCCCGCUCUUCUUUUCCUCGGCGGCCUCGGCGAGAGCGACACACCCGCCGACAGCACCGCCACCACCGAGCGCGUUGCCGCUGUUUUCAACAACAACAACAACAACAACAACAACAACAACAGGCACGAGGGCAGAAGCGAGACCGCCGGGCGAGGCAGCGGCGGCUACAGCGUCGCACCCCCCUCCCGGAAGGCCGGGGGGGAGAUCGUCUUUCGAGUACGGCGGCCCCUCUUCUUCCUUGACGACGUUCGGCAGUAAAGAGGACGGAUGCGGGGCCGGUAACGGCGGCGUUGCGGAUGUCCCAGGGCGGCGAAAAAAUCGGCGAGUUUUCUCGUCGCUACCCGCGGGUAAUGCUGCGAGUAGCCCGAAGGUGCGCCCGCGCCAACAGCAGCCGCAGCCGCAGCCGCAGCCGCAGUCGCCGCCGCCGCCUCCGCCGCCGCCUCCGGCUCGGUCGCCGCGGAUUUCGGCGGCAGACGAGGAGCUGCUGGCGACGCUAUCGGUGCAGGAGGCCACCCCCCUGUCUCUGAGGGAUAUCCACGCGUUUUGUCAGAGCAGCAGCGUGGCUUCGAGGGUGCGGCAGGCUCAGUUUCUGCACCGCGAGGUUCCCAUCCGGUUCGCCAAGAGGGCCCUGGAACUGCGACAUCUUCCGUACGGCCUGUCCCACACGGCACCGGUCCUUGAGGCCGCUGAGUGGUACGCCCGCAUCAUGCGCGAGCUGGUGGAGUGUCCGGUCCCCGACGGGCCAGGCGACGACCAGCAGUUCGCCGAUUUCUUGUCCUCGCUGCUGAUGGACCACACCUGCGUGCCCCAGGCGCUCAGCCGCGGGGUGCUGGAGCUGCAGGAGAAAGGAGAGGUGGGGCUGAUCCAACGGCAUCGCAUCGAUCGUAUCCUGGACAAUUUCUUCAUCUCGAGGAUAAGCCUCCGGUUCCUCGUGGACACGUACAUCAGCAGCAAGAAGAACAAGCCGGGGUUCUCUGGCGUGAUCGAGUCAGAGUGCUCGCCCGUGAUGGUCGCUUGGAGGGCCGCCGCUGACGUCGACCGCCUCUGCCGUCUCCACAUGGGAGCUUCGCCGGCAAUCGAGGUGUUCGGCCGCGCGAAAGAUACGUUCACGGCCGUCCCGAGCCACCUGUACUACAUCCUCCGGGAGGUGCUGAAGAACAGCUGCCGGGCGACGGUGGAGCACAGCCGCCGGACCAGACCCGGCGAAAAGUUGCCGCCUGUCAAGAUCAUCGUGGCUCGAGGGAACGAGGACAUGACCAUCAAGAUCGUCGACGAGGGGGGCGGCAUCCGGCGGUCGGACCUCCAGCGCGUGUGGUCCUACAUGUACUCCACGGCCCCCAAGCCGACGGCGUCGCAGCUCACGGGGGUGCCGCUCGAUCACAUGUCGGGCAUGAGGCUGAAGGAGGAGGAGGCGGCUCUGAUUCGCGCGACCGAGCCCGAGCCCGGGGAAACGUUCGCGUUCGCGGGGUACGGCAUGGGGCUGCCCCUCAGCCGGCUGUACGCGCGGUACUUCGGCGGCAGCCUGAAGCUGAGGCCCAUGGAAGGAUAUGGGACCGACGCGUACAUCCAUCUGCACAGGCUGAGGACGAACUCUGAGGAGCUGCUCCCGAACUCGCUUGAGGAGACUCUUCGGGUCAUGGCGGACGACGGCCGUGUCAACGUCGCAAGAUCGAGGUCGUGGAAGCAGCCUGCUAGCAACGAUGAUCCCGCCAGAGAGCUCAUCCGGAGCUUCGGCGAAGGCCUGUAGAAGUCUCAGGCCGAGCGCAAGGUACCGCCGAAAGUAGACGACAUGGAGCGCCACUGGUCCAAAACGCUCCCUUAUCUCCCGUUCAAGGCAUCGGCUUCUUUUCUAGAGCGGGCUUUGGCGCGUUUAGUCCUAGAUUGGUAGAUACAGGUUUUGAGGCGCGGCCGUUCUCGGCUGUUAUACUGCCCCAGAUAAGAUUCCGCAGGGAGUUUUCCUGUCGACUGUUGUUUCAAACAGAUUUGUACUCUUUUUGUUUUCGGAACAGAUUUCGGUUUGCGGUUUUCUAUUUUUUGUGUGUUGGAAGUCAGGUAUUAAAUGCUUUUGGAUCGAGUUGCCGCAGCUUCUAUGAAAUGUCGACCUUCCGCGACUUGUUGGUUGUUGAUGGUCUUUAACUUUCGCGGGAGGGGAGAAGAGGAGGGCUGUGGUUGCGCAUGGCGUAAGAUCCGAUAUAUUUGGGUAUGGCGCGUUGUUGGUGUACCCGGGUUGCUUGGUGGUUUCACGGGGGAUGAUGCGUGCAAAGCGGGCGCCUAACUACGACGAGCAUUCGCACGGUCCCUCCCGCAAAGGUGUUCCGCAGAGUCCUGCAAGUUAUAGGUUGUUGCAGUCGUUUCGGGUACUGCAGGUUGUCGUGUACCCGGUGUGAAGAUCAAUCCGUCCGCUC